UGUAAACUGUGUCGUUGUUGUUCUCUCGCCGUCUCUUUCAAUCUGUCGGUGGAGUGUGUUUUGGGCAUGGCGCUCGCAGCGGCGGUCGCCGUCGUUCCACUGGGCAUCCUCUCCUUCGUAAAAGGCCUCGCCGUCAAUCUCCUUCGGAAUGAGAAGGAUUUCUCAAAAGUGUUGACGUUGGCUGCAGAGGAACAAAAGAGAGAAAAGGAGAAACUUUACCAGAAAAUCAUUGAACUGGAGAAGAGACUUGACGCCAAAGAAGCAUUGGAGUUGGAGGUAGAACGCCUGAGUGAGACCUUACAAUUGACUAAACAGAUGUACAUGGUCAUGGGUAUGGAAGUCCAGAAAAAGAUGGACGCGAUUGUGGAAGAUUUGAAGGAUAAGGAAGAGGAAUUGAGUAGCCUGGAAGCGAUGAACCAAAUUCUUAUGAUCAAGGAGCGCAAAACUAAUGAUGAACUGCAGGAGGCUCGAAAAGAGUUAAUCAAUGGAUUGAAGGAAGUGUCAACCCAUGCUAAUAUUCGCAUCAAGAAAAUGGGGGAGCUUGACACUAAGCCAUUCCGCAUUGCAACCAAGAGAAAACAUUCUAAUGAAGAAUCGGAUGAUCAGAGAACAGUGGAGCUUUGUUCGCUUUGGGAGGACCAUCUUAGGGAUCCAAGCUGGCAUCCGUUUAAGAUCAUCAUGGAUAGAGUAGGGAAUGCUAAGGAAGUAAUUCAUGAAGAAGAUGAAAAAUUGAAGAAAUUGAAGGACGAGUAUGGUGAUGAAGUUUUCGAGGCUGUGACAACAGCCUUGAAGGAAAUGAAUGAAUACAAUCCAAGUGGCCGAUACUUAGUGCCAGAGCUAUGGAAUGUUAAACAAGGAAGGAGGGCAACAUUAAAAGAAGGAGUAGCCCACCUACUCAAUAAGUGCAAAUUGCAUAAACGGAGGAGACGCUGAAGCUCCAGCCUCCAAGCGUUUCAGCCAUUUUUGUAUGCUUGUGUAAUUGGUAGUCCAUCUCAUGUAUAUAAGAAACUUUUAGAAUUUU